CUUGCUGCUUAAGCUUCCAUUCUUAUAAAAAUCAAAGAUAGAAGCAUAAUUUUUGUUAUUGUUUCCAGACUGUACUGCCUGAUCCCGUACGGUAUCAUCACGCAGUCCAUCUGGGACUUCAUCAUGCCAGCAUGGAUGGAAGCUAUCUGUACUGACGUACCAGAGAAGGAACUAAUGGAGCUGAAAGUGCCUCUCGGUAAGAUCUUAGAGCCGGAAGGUGCAAUGGUUGGCGUUGAUGAGAAAAAUCUGUAUAAGUUCGCAGUGCUCAAGGUCACUGAUACUCCUACACCUGAUACUGUCCUACCCGUGCUGGAGUGGUUCCAGACUAUAUCGAUGUUGGACGUCCGCAUUCCAUUGAACCAGCUGUUCGAUCUGUUCAGUCACUGCGUCGUCAACCUGCCGGAGAAGAUAUUUAAGCCACCUACUAUAGAUGGCUCUAAGCCUAAAGACUCGAAGGACUCCCCCAGUAACACAGACAAGGACAAGAAGGACAAGGACGAUCAGAUGAAGCCACAGAACCUCACCUGCUGUAUACUCAUGCUGGAUAUUCUGCUCAAACAGAUGGAGCUACAACAGCGUCGUAUAAACAGUCAGAAUGUAAGCAGUGAGGCCACCAAGCUACUACGACUCAUGCUGAAGUCUAAUCAGACCAACACUAUUGAGCAUGCGGUAUGCCAGGCGGAGGGAGCGUGUUCGUACUGCGAGGCGGCCGCGCUGUGGCAUCAACUGGCUGUACUACUCGUCAGGGCACUCGUUCCUGAUAGACCCAAGCCUAUGACUGAGGCGUCGGUGGAGGAGCUGUGGGCGGAGCCGGUCCCCAAGAAGGCGCCGUCGGAGGACAGCAAGUCGGGCGGCACGCCGGGCGCGGCGGACGGGCUGCUGGCGCUGGCGCAGCCGCUGUCGGAGCGCGCCGGCGCCGUCGGCGGCGUGCUCGUCCACAUGCCGCAUUUUGUUCAUUUCAUGCAACUCUCUCUCAUAAGCGACGUGGGCUCGGAUGCCACGAUCACUAAAUCUUCGGGCGACACACAAAUAAUGACGGCGACGGUGGAGACCAUCACGGAGCAGUUGGACAUGGCGGUGUCGCUGCCGCCCGCCGACGCGCCCGCGCUCGCCACCGCGCACACCGUCACGCUCACCGACACCGACGUCGCCACCGCCACCGCCGACGUAUCAACUCCAAACCUACUAGGUGACCAUGAGAAUAUGGCAGAAUCAGUCGAAGAUGACAUGACGAACUUCUGGCCAACGUCUGCCGGCAAGUUCCACUUCUGUAUUGAAGAACUGCCUCAAGAGUUGCAGUACAUCCAUCAGUUAUUACAGGAGCUGAAGAGCACCUCUCGUCCGGACGUGUUGUACCAUCUCCUACAAUGUUUGCAAGUACUAGUACUGAGUACUGAUGCUCUGGCAGACCAUCGCGGCUUCCUCAUCUGGUGCCAGGAGAAUCUGCUUAUUGACAAUCUAUGGAACGUGUGCAACGCGUCCCACUCGCACAUAUGUUCGGUGGCGGUGCCCGUACUGCUGCACUGCGUCACCCUGGCGGGGGGAGCCGAUGUCUUCUGUAACCUCAUCCGGGACCAGUUCCAUCAUCACGACUACCAUGUACGGUUCACGGCUGUGGAACGAGUUACUAUUAUUAUUAGGUUCAUGGACGGCUCCCCGGUGAAGACGAGCCUCCCGCUGCAGACGGCGCUGGCGACGGCAUUCUGCUACCUGAUCUCCAGCAUGGACGACAUCAACGUGUACGUGGCCCAGCGCGCCACGCUCUACAUCGGCACUGUACACGACAACGCCAUCGACUUACUCCUAUACUGCCUGGAGACGCAGUUCGACCUGGUGAUAGUGGAUCGUCCGAUGAUCCUCCAGUCUAUCUACCAGCUCCACAACACGCUCAGUGACCGCAAGAUCCUCACUUGGGAGUUCUUCCUGAACAGAUUUGAAGCCCUCUUCCUGGAAGCUCAGAUAAAUUCUAAUAAGACUAUUGACUUCUCUAAUUUGAGAGAACUAGUAAGCAGCGAAACCAGUUCAGAAUGGUUCCUGUACAAAGUGCGGCGUGCCCACGAAGCGCUGAGCGUGUCGGCGCGGGACACCAACGUCAACACGCUCAGCGCCUCCUUCGGGACCAAGUGGCCUUAUAAACGGACCAUAUCCGCACCGGCCACUAUGCCGCCGCAUCCGGAUACUAGACACGAACGCGAGAAGGUAUACUCGCGCCAGUACUCUGCGCCCCUGCUGAAGCGGAAGACGUCCCGCUUCGGCCUGGGACAACUACUGGCCGCGCCGCAACCACUCGGCACUGCGCAGCGGUCCAAUAAUACACAUGAUGGGUUCCACUCAAUGUCGGGUCGGUCCGAGGACACACUGACCACUAUCCUACCGAAAGCUGUGGAUCUCGAGGAGGCUGACCGAGAGACCACUAACUUGUUGGUGUUCCUACUUAUGCAGUUCUUGUCCAGGUCCGACCAAGCCCAUCCCAUGGAAGACAAGCAGUCCUCCAAGACACAGGAGUUGGUACUGAAGCACCUGUUCCUGUUGCUCGGUUACAACUGCGUCGAGAAAUACUUUCAUAUCUCACCGUUUACAUUGCGACAAUCGUCGAUAUUCAACGCGUUCAUGGCGAACUUACCUCAAGUUUUGGACCAGAACCACGUGAUGGGCGCCAGCAUCGCCGAGCCGACCUUACUGUUACUGCAGUACUGCUGCGGCGGGGGCGCGGGCGGCGGCGCGGGCGCGGGCAGCCCGCAGUCGCUGGGCGCGCUGCAGCCGCAUGUACGCCGCCACUGGCUCAUGGCGCUGCUCGUCGUGCUCUACAAGUACCAUUACGGCGCGGGUAGUACAGUGGGUCUGGUGGCUGCACUAGUGCGAGUAGUACUGAAUUCAGUGGAGGCACAGUACCACGCCUGCAAGAGGAUCCCACCCAUGCUCGUCAUGCCCAGCGCUGCCAGGGCUAGAGACCUAAGCCAACCAUCUCUAAAGACGGAGCACGAGGCCCCAGGCGCGGGCCCCGCGGGCCCCCCGUGCGCGGGCCCCACCACGAGCUCGGAGCGGGCGGGCGGCAGCCCCCUGCCGGCGAUGGACCGCAACAAGCCCAAGCUGCACCACAAGUCCCCCGCGCACAUGCACACGCACUGGGAGGAACCUACCAACUCUAACAAGUACCAGCAGUGGAGCCUGGAGCAGGAGUCUUCAGAAAGCGAGCUGAUUGCGAUCCCGGAGACUAGUGACAAGUCGGAUACCACUGUUCAUGGCAGUACUGCACCGGGUUCAUUCGACGAGCCGUCCCACUACGAGGACCCCCCAAAGGUAGAAACGCCCGCCACUACAACCGCUUACCCGCCGCUCAGUAAAAUCCCAACCCUGGGCUCCCGUUCAGCACAUCAACUGUCGACCAGCUCAUCAGUCUCCAUCGGCAGCGACUCUUCGAACCUAAAGUCAACGCCUAUGAGCGGUCAGUCAGUGGAAAUCUGGCCCGAUCAGAUACAUCAGCAGACGUCACCACGUGCCAAGAUAUUGGGUAAACAGAAGAGAAUUAUUGUGGGCAGUAGUACGUCUCCGGACACGGCACCGUCUUCUAAUGGAGACGGUCAGUUCGGACAGUGGCCACAUGCACGCUCUCCUCCACAGCAUCACAUCAAAAGUCCAGCUAAGAACGUUGGGUAUGCGUACGCGUCGCCGGAGUCUCCUCUAUCCAAGAUGGAGGUGGCAUGGAAUGCUCCCCCUCCUACAAUGCAACAACAUUCACACCAGCCCUUCCAUAUACCACCACCUGAACGGUUGCUACCAAUCGGUCCCAAGCCCAACAAGGAGCAGUAUCCAGUUUUCAAUGCCCUUGUGGACCGAGUCAGAGAGGCAUUGAGUUUGCCACCAGAUGAUUCAACAGACAACACUGGAUCCUCUCGGUCUGACGGCGACGCUACUCCCACGCCCAAUCCCACCAGCAGGCCCCACGACUUGAAUAAGAAAUCUUCUGAAAGUACUAGGUCACCGCGUCGGUUAGCGAGGCAAGUGGCGCAAACUGGAUCGCCGCCACACCAACACACCACUGGUAACUGUGGCGGCUGUGGCGGCUGCGGCGGCUGGUGGGAGGGGGAGUCCCGCGCCGGGAAGCGAGCUGCGCAUGCGCACGCCGCGCCGCAUCGACCUGAGCAUGAACUCUGCUACCGCUGCGCGGAGUGCGGCACGGCGGUGGAGCAGUACAGCGACGAGGAGCUGGGCCUGUGCAUCAUAGUGCUGGCCACCUUCGUCCACAGGGAGCCGGCCGCCGCCGCCGCCAUGCUGCCUGCGCUGCUGCAUAAUGUCAGCAGAGUGGUCCAGCUGGGCAACUACUCGUGGCAGGCGGAGACCAACACGCGCCUGCCCGGCAGCGCGGUGUUCGUGGCGCACCAGUUCCUGCGCUGCGUGCUGCACCAGCUCGCGCCCAACAACGUCUUCCUGCAGAUCUUCCUGCAACGGACGCCAGAGAAACAAAGGCAAAUGUUCUUCAAGAGCAUAGCGCAGGCGUUUGUGGACUUCAACGAGCUGUAUCCGUGUGGACCGCUACAACUGGUUGUCGAACAUCUUAAUUCUAAGAAGACUUUACCUGUCGAUCAAAUGGGCGUGAUAGCGGGCAACAUAGCGAUGUACCUGGAGUGCCUGGCCCCGGAGGCGCUGGGCCCGCUGGGCGCGUGCGCCGCGCUCGUGGCCGCGCUCGACGCACUGCUGCGCGGCGCCGCACUACUGCUGCACCAGCUCGACGACGUCCUGCCGCUACUGCGCGCCGCCACCGCCGCGCUGCGCGUGCCCGCCGCCGCGCAGCACAAGCUCGACGACGUCCUGCCGCUACUGCGCGCCGCCACCGCCGCGCUGCGCGUGCCCGCCGCCGCGCAGCACAAGCUCGACGACGUCCUGCCGCUACUGCGCGCCGCCACCGCCGCGCUGCGCGUGCCCGCCGCCGCGCAGCACAAGCUCGACGACGUCCUGCCGCUACUGCGCGCCGCCACCGCCGCGCUGCGCGUGCCCGCCGCCGCGCAGCACAAGAGUAUCCUGGAACCAAUAACCAAGAUCAUAAGCUAUGGAGUACAAAACUUCGUGCUGAAACUAUCAGUGAUCUCAGAACUGAGCGUCGUAUGUACGCGAGUGUUCAGUCGCGACAGAGACAAGCUACUGGUCUGCAGGGUACUGGUGUAUGAGCUCGUGCAGGCACUCAGGACCAAGACUACUAUACCUGAUGAUAACCUGUUUAUACUUAUACAAUUUGUGCUGCAAGGCCAUGGCUGCCGCCUAGUCCUCCCUCCCCAGCUGUCAGGCGGGGAACUUGCCAGCACUUGUAUGGACGCGCGGGAGAUAGCGGCCGGGGCCGUGGACUGUAUGAGACCACAUCUACCUGAUAUGAUAGACCUGCUGCAGGACCCGCAUCUGCUGAAUAAGAUCAAGGGUUCAGUCUCCAAGUCAAUCGUGAACCGCAACUUAAUCUGUCUGAAUGAAGACACAUUAGGCGCUAUAGUGAAGGGUGGUAUCGCUCAGUACGUGGCGAUGGAACUGGCACUGGAACACAGUCGCGGACGACAGGACCGUGCGCAACCUGCCAGGCAUAUGACGCCUUGGAUUAGUACCUCGCUGCCUGGUUGCCGCGAGGUGUGCGAGUGCGUGUCCCGCGUGCGCGUGGUGUCGUGGCUGGUCAUGGGCGCGCUGUGCAACGCGGCGCAGCCCGCGCCCGGCCCCGCGCACGGCCCCGCGCACGGGCCCGCGCACGCCCUGCAGCCCGUGCCGCAGGACGCCACAAACCACAAAAAAAUCGCAAUAUACAAUACUAAAACCACGACCUUCCCCCAGACAAUAAUGUCCUCCUACGUGGAGGCUGGUCGAGGCGGUGCAGGCGGGGCCCGCCUGGCCGGCCUGCUGCACGCCUUCGUGCUGUGCCAGCUGUGGACGCUGUACCUGGAACAACUGGCCUCAGCAUCGCCACCUGCCAGCGAACCUCACUACACCACCACCUGUCUGCUGCUGGACUUCUGGUGCAAGCUGGUGCCCAGUAUACUGCAGGUCACCGUGCAGUCUAAAGUGCUGGCAGAGACGGUGAACCUCCACUUCCUAAGUCUACUGGAGUCUCUGCUCGAGUGUAACUCCACCGUACUGAAUAAACUGCUGCCUCUAUGGAGUCCCAUACUACACUCACCAUUGUUCAAUGUAAGUUCUACUUCUAUUUAAUUUUUUCCGUCUCUUUUCCC